AUGUUAGCAGUUUUAAAUGACCAAAAAUUACCAAAAGAUGUGUGCAGGCCCAACAUGAAGGCGGCCACAUCGGCAACAAAGUACUUCCAAAAAACGGUGUCUGGUACAAAAAAGUACGUUGUGGCCCCAGACUUUCACCAAAAAAUGCUCCAACUAAAACAGUCUACUCCCUCAUCCACUUCGGACAUCGAAAUGCCUUCAAGAUUCGCUCUCCGCCGACACGAAUACUAUCUUACCCUCCCUACCUUAACUCUUCCUGAACCACUAGAUCUAGCUGCCACGGAUUGUCUACGAGAAUACAGCCUCUUCUCCAUCAAGCAUCUUAGCCAACUGUCUAGUCGUUUGGUUAACUACCUCCACGAUAGGGAACUCCUUUUUGAGGAAGAAAUAAUUGAGAGGAUGAAGCGAUCUUGUAAAGAGCGUACUCAAAAUGAUGAAGGUAAUUCAGGAAAGGCGGAUGCAGGAAUUGACUUCGCUCUCCAGUAUCACACCGGAACUCCGUUUGUUGGCGCCGAACGUAGUGAACGAGAGGUCAGGAGGGCUCAUCUUUCCGCUUGGAAGUCUUUGGAGUAUACGGAGAAAAAUAGCUUGCUCUAUUUGGUUGGACGUCUGGCGCCAAACUUUGCUGUCGCCUGCCGAAUUCUCUAUGAGCUCCGUAAACGAUGUCCCCUCUUUGUACCUUACACAUUUUUUGACUUCGCGUCGGGACUAGGAACGUACACUUGGGCGGUUAAUACCGUGUGGCCAGCGGGUUGCGUUCGUGAGCAUCAUCUAGUGGAGGCAUCAGGACCAAUGAUGGGGCUCUCUGAGUUCCUUCUAACUAAAAGAGGGCAAGGUGUCACACCAAAUACCACUGUCUUUCCUGGUGUGCGGCAUCGCCGAUUUAUGCCCUCUUCUGCAGUGACCGGUGAUUUGGUAAUGUCGGGCUAUGCUCUGCUAGAAAUGGCUGGGGAGCACGAUCGUCGAAGGAUUGUGGAGAAUCUCUGGUCUCGUACUACCGGUUUCCUCGUUCUCAUCGAAGAGGGUACCAAGGGGGGUCAUACUGCUCUGCUUGAGGCUCGAGAUUGGUUGAUUCAAAACGGUGGUGCGGAUAUGCACAUUUUCGCUCCAUGUCCGCACAAAUUUGCCUGUAGCAGAGCUGGUAUGGGUUGUAAAUCCAGCGUAAAGUACUACCAGUUCGGCCUGACUCGAGAUGCCACCUGCCCAUCAGAAGAAGCCUUCAGCUACUUGAUUGUGAGUCGCGGUGACUGGAGGCGAUUCACGAAGAAAGGGACGCCGAUGAAAGAGACGGAGAUGUCCACCCACCCUCGAAUCGUGUCUCCUACUCCUGUGGGUGGGGCCGCAGCGAUCGAUGUGGACUUAUGUCUGCCGGAUGGCAACUGUGAACGUGUUAUUUUUUCCAAAUCGGGCACACAACGAACACUAUACUUCUUCCUCAGAAACGCGCGAGCUGGAGACAUAGCCCCUUGCGAACGACUAUGUGACAGUGAAACGGAAGCAAAGCCCCAUGAGCAGCCUGAUAAUUCAGAGUCUUAG